AUGAUUAAACAACAGCAACCACAACAACUUAAGGCACAAAGCACCCAGGUCCCUCAGACCAUUACAUACGCCAUAUAUGCAUAUAAUUCAAAGACGGCAGAACAAACGCAAAGGUUGAAAUAUGGAGAUUUGGAGAUAGUAUUGAAAAAUGAUCAUUUCGAAUUCGUUUGCAAAGGUGGUGCGGUGAUAUCAAAUAUAAAAGAAAUUUUAUUUAUGAAUUCAAAAAUUAAAGGAAUAACGGAUGAUAUAACAUCAAUUCCACCAGAAGAACAGAGAUAUUACGCAUUAAAUGCAUUUCCUAAAGUUUUGAAGAUUGGAAGAUUUAAUUUAAAUGAGGAAUUCAUAGAAGGUUUCCUAAAUGACAUAAUGAAGAAAGCAGAUAAGGAAUAUGUGGAUAGUGAGUUAAAUAAGAAAGCAGAUAAGGACUGUGUUGCUGCUGCGUUAGAUAAGAAGGCGGAUAAGGAAUAUGUUGAUGAAAAAGAUAAUGAAAUUAUAGAAAGGGUUGAAUGGUACCAUGAACGGACAUCAAAGAUUUUAAAAACUAAAGCUGAUACAGGAUGGGUUUCAGGAUGUUUAGACCUUAAAGCGGAUAAAACAUAUGUUAACGAUGAGUUAGGGAAGAAGGCAAAUAAGGAAUAUGUUAACGAAAUAUACCAAAGUUUGAUAGGAACAACGAAAAAUAUUGAAACUAUUGUUGGGGAUGUUUCUGUCAAUGAAGAAAAUAAAUAUUUUAGAUGGGAGUUUGUACAGUCCUUAAGAAAUGGUAUACGAUAUAAACUCAUUCCGAAAAAUAACAAUGAAAUGUAUGUAAGCUAUAUAAAGAAUAAUGGUACACAAGUUAAAGUUCCAUUAGACAACAACUGUUACUUAAACUUAUAUGGAGACGAACAAAAGAAAUAUUUAAGAGUUUAUGAAAUGGCAGAUAUGACAUUGCCUGACCCAGCUCCAGCACCAUAUUAUUAUGACUAUGGUGUUGACGCACGUGUAGACCCAAAAAAGCAAACAUUAUAUUUAGAUUAUUAUAGAUAUAAAAGAUAUAAUGCAAUAGAAAAAACGAGAAUAGUAUAUUAUUAUACAGAUGACAGAAAUAAAUAUUAUAGUCAAGAUUUUACCUACCCCGAAAACAUAAGAUUAUAUUAUAAAAAAUAUUCUGACACAAACCAGAAGAAACCUGAAAUAGUUACACUAUAUUUUAAGUUCAAAAGAGACAAUCCUAUAUUAUCUCAUAUGUUUGAUUUAAUGAACCCAGUAGGUUCUAUUUAUACAUCUAUGGAUGCAAGAGGUCCUCAAGUAAUGUUUGGUGUUGGUGCAUGGGAACAAAUAGUUGACAGGUUUUUGUAUUGUGCAAACUCUUCAAAGGAAACAGGAGGAAGUAAAACGAUUUCAGGUGAAAAUUUACCUGCACACAGUCACUACAUAGAUUUAAGCACAUCUCAAGCAGGUUGGCAUAAGCAUAGAUAUUGGGAUUGGUCAGGAAUGACAAAAGGUAAAGGAUAUGAUGUUAAAGACAACGUUAAGUUUGCCAUAAAUUGUUACUGGAGUGACACUCAGGGAGAAGGAAACCAUACACAUCACGUUUCAGGAUAUACACAAACAACGGGACAAAGUAAAGAAUACAUGCCACCUUACAUGACAGUUUACGCAUGGUAUAGAGUUCAAUGA